AAGCACCUCACCUCCCGCGCGAAAAGCUCACGACCGCAGUAUCGGUACCCGUGCUCACAUCGCCAUGGCUUCGAUAACACGCCGCUUACUCCUGCAAUCGCGGCAAUGCCCGUCGAGAAUACGCACUCGAGCAACACCGCGAUGCACAGCGCGCCCGCUCUCCACCACGCCCGCCCGCCGCGCAGAUGAAGACGCCACACCAGCACCAACUCCCACCGCCGUAGACGAAUCCCCCAUCGCCGAACCCACAAGCCGCAAGCACCUCACGCCCGAGGAAAUCACCGCUUUGCAACUCGCCAAAUUAGCCGAAGAUCUCAAAGCAAUGGACCCAGAAGUCGUCAGCGAUGCGAUCCGCAAAGGCAAGCACGGCAUCCCCUUCGCGCAGGACUUCGAGCUAGAAACCGACGAGGAUUUUGUGAUCGAGGCAGACGAUAAGCGGAAGUCGGCACAGGGGUUCUGGAGCGAGGGCGAGGAGGAGGAGGAUAUGGGGCCCGAUGAGGAUUACUACGGGGACGACGUGACGAGCCAUGGGCAUGGACUGUUGGACCAGCACCGCGAGUUGCGCGGGUAUGCGAGGUUGAUUGCGUGGGAAUUGCCGUUGUUGAGCCAACUCGCACGCCCCUUCACUCCCCCCACACCAUCCACCCCCUUCCGCUUCCGCUACACCUCCUACCUCGGCGAAACCCACCCGGCAACCAACAAAGUCGUCGUGGAAUUCUCCCCCACAGACCUCUCCCUCCCCUCCCCCACCGCCCUCUCCAAACUGAUAAAACUCGCCGGCCCCCGCUACAACCCCACCUCCCAAACCAUAAAACUCUCCUGCGAAACACACACCACACAAGCCCAGAACAAGCGCGCCCUAGGCGAGACAAUAACCGCGUUGAUUGCUGCUGCGAGCGACACAGCGGAUACCUUCGAAGACGUGCCGUUCGAUUUCCGCCACCAUAAGCGGAAGCCGCGGUUUGAGUUCCCGGCGCGCUGGGCGAUGACGCAGGAGCGCAGGGUGUAUCUUGAGGGGAAGAGGCGCGCUGCGCUGGAGGGUGAGGAUCAGAGGCUGCAUACGGGGAAGCUUGUUGAUGGGCGGGCGGUGAUUGAGACGAGUUUGCCGUUUUUGACACAGGCGGUUGAGGAGGUGCCCGUUCCUGUGUUGGCGGGGAGGGGGAGGCGGUAGUUUUGUAACAUAGCAUAGUAUAGCACGGGAUAUAGUAAGAUGAAAUGU